CACAGAGGUUCUGAGAGCAUCCAAAAUCAGCGCUCCCUGCCAGUUGCGCACAGAUCAGGCUCCGUCCUAGAAACCCGAAGGACUAUAGAGUUUGUUCUGUGGACAGAAUAAAAAUGGAGAAGGUCAUAUACAUUUUUAAAAUUUGCAAGGACAAAGGGAGCCUUCCAAGGAUUUGUAUCUGCUGGCUUUCACAUAUUACAACGGGCACUAUUUGAAUCGCUGAAGCUCGUCCCGGUGAAGGCAGCGGUAAAGAUUUUGUUGUACGUGGAAUGAAAAGACAAAAGGACAAAAAGAACAUAUGAUUUAUUCAGUGCAAGACGAAUGUGAGCUUUGUCUGGGACAAUGGGUUGUUUCUAGCUGACACACCGUGUGCAGCGCACAUCAGCGCCGUUACGCGCGUAUAGAUCACCGGUCACCUGUUGAAGUUGCCUGAUGAGCAGUGAGCUAUUUAACGUUUUGCUUUUUGUCGUUUGAGGAUCGACUUAAACAUCGCUUUAACAUAUAAUUGGUCCGUUCUACCGGCUCUGUAUGAUGCACUGAUUCCCCGUUAUGUUGUAGGAUGAGCGCUGAUCUGGAGCGCGUUUCGCUCAACACAUCGGUGAACUCGGGCGGCCGUGCGCUUUCGGCAAACGUCCGGAGGCUCCACAACACUCUCAACCUGCUGCUCAGCGAUCUGGAGAGAGAGCAGUUCGUCCACUGUCUCAAUGUGUACCACGCCAAGCGCAAUGUCUUCGACCUGGUCCAAACUCUCAAAGUGAUUCUCAACACGUCCGGCAAACGACAGCUGCUGCCCAUGCUUCGCCUGGUCAUUCCGAGGUCCGACCAGCUGCUGUUCGACCAGUACACGUCCGAGGGACUUUACCUGAAGACAGAGCUGCUCCCCAGCAACGGCAGCGCGGAAGUCUUUGGAGACGAGGGCGACUCAACUCUGCAGGAAUAUGUCAGUUCCAUCCAUGAGCAGCCCCUAACCUCCGGCUGUCCGGACGGUUUCAACGCCGCCGCGGAGCUCUCGGCUUCCAUGGCCCCGCAGUUUUUCGAGGGUCCCUUUGGAGAAGUGCGCAAAGUCACCCUGACGCGCUCCAGGAGCCACGAGGGUCUAGGCUUCAGCAUCCGCGGGGGAUCGGAGCACGGCGUGGGGAUCUACGUGUCCCUAGUGGAGCCGGGCUCGUCGGCCGAGAGGGAAGGACUGAGGGUUGGGGACCAGAUAGUGACCGUGAACGACAUGAUGUUUGACAAUGUCACUCACGUAGAAGCGGUGAAGGUACUAAAGGGAUGCAAACAGCUGGCUAUUUCAGUGUGUUCUAUGGGUCGGAUCCCCGGAGGCUACAUUACCAACCACGUGUACAGUUGGGUGGAUCCUCAGGGCCGGAGUGUCUCCCCGCCACCCGACAGCCAAGAGGCCAACCAGAAGCAAGGACGUGGCAUGGAGGAGAGGACGGUAAUCCUGAAUAUGGACGAUGGUCGCUCUCUAGGCCUAAUGAUCAGAGGUGGAGCUGAAUAUGGACUAGGGAUCUACAUCACUGGAGUAGACCCUGGAUCUGCUGCAGAUGCUGGUGCACUAAAGGUGGGUGACCAGAUCCUGGAAUUGAACGGUCAGAGUUUUGUUACCAUCUCCCACGAUGAGGCAGUUCACAUCCUCAAAACAGGACGGCACCUGCGGAUGAAGGUGAGGGAUGUGGGUCGUCUGCCUCAUGCACGCACAGUGGUGGAUGAAACCAAAUGGAUCUGCAGUCAGGCCAUAGCUGAGACCAAUGCUACAGCUAACACAAGUUCUUUCACCGACCCCACUGUCAAUGCUGGCAUCCACGUUAGUGCCAGUGCCAGUAUCUGCAGUACAAGACCAUCUUCAGCCAAAGCUACACCUAUGUUAGGGAAGUCAGCAGUAUACAGAGGUGUGGGCCCACCAGGUGCUCAGGUGUCUCUGGAUCAGCAGGCCUAUAUGCUGCUGACGGAGCCAGAGAGGCAGACCAUGGCCUACUACCUGCAGGAAUACCAGGAGGGACACAUAGGAGUGGAGCCACUGGCCAUGGCUCUGUUUGAGCUCUUUAACACACAUGCAAAGUUGUCCAUGUUGUCUGAGGUGAGGAGUCUGGUGGCUCCCCAGGACCUGGAGUUGUAUGACGGGCUGGUGUUGCACUGUGAAAGGGAGGCCCACCAGGCCUGGCAUGGAGGCCUGGGAGUGCUGCAUCCACAGAGCCACGGCAACCACAUAGCCCCUGUGAUCCAUGAUGCAGGACACACCGUACCUGCUACAGUACAUCCCUUAUUUACUAUACCUAAAAAGACUGACGGCUCUGUUGGUGGCUGGAUCCAAAAAGACCAGGAGGAGAACACUAAUGCCUUACAUAAAAUUGCACUGAACGGAAUGCAGGCUUCAGGUGAAUCUCCUUCAUUCUGCAGGCCUGCCCCUCUCAAAGGUCAAAGCAGGCUGUCCAGAGAGAAAGAGCUCAGCUGGAAGCCUUCAGCCCGGCGCAUGCAGCCUGGCUCCAGCCUGCUCUUCACAGGACCCACUCGGCUGCUUCAGGACUGCCUCCACAAGUCGCUUAAAUCCCUCCCCACCACCCACCACUCCCCAGCAGCCUCUGCUCACCACACCGCUGGUGCCAGCCACCACACUUCUCUCAAUGCACUCCAUCACACCUGCCAGAGUUCAUUUCAACUCUCUGACUCUGAACACCACAACCACCCCAACUUUGCUCAUCACAUUCACCACCACACCUGCCCAGGCUUCCUGCACCGCCAGGACUCCUCCAGCUCUGCUAAGCUAGAUGCAUCUGUCAAGCUCGCUUGCAGAUCGAGCUCCUAUGAGAAAUCCUCAUACUUGUCAAAGUCUGUGCCCUCCUCCAAAGCAGCAUCUCCCAUGCCAUCCCCUCAUCCAUCACCCCAUUCCUCGCCAUGUCCCUCCCCCUGCCCCUCUCUCAUCACAACUGUUGCUCCACCAUAUAGUCCUGUUCGGCCCUGCUCACCUGCCUUCCCCCAGAAAGUCAUCAUAACAGACAUGAAUCGGCUGUCUGCAGAUUCCAGACCACAGCAAAGAGGGGCCACCCUGUCCCAGCUUUCAGACAGUGGCCAGACUCUGAGUGAGGACAGUGGGGUGGAUAUAGCCGAAGCAGGAGGUCUCAGUAAAGACGGCAGCCCUCGACCCAGCAAGAACCAGCAGGGCCAGUUGGAACAGCCAGGGGCCCAUGCACCUCCUCCGGGGACCAGACAAAAUGGCUCACCGGUCCCAGUGCCCACUCCUAACUUGAUACGAGUGGUGAAAAAUGCCAACACCCUUGGUAUUGCUAUAGAGGGAGGAGCCAACACACGCCAACCUUUGCCACGCAUAGUCACCAUUCAGAAAGGAGGCUCCGCUCAUAACUGCGGUCAGCUGAAGGUGGGUCAGAUCAUCCUGGAGGUCAAUGGCAUUUCCCUGAGAGGUCGGGAGCACAAAGAUGCUGCCAAGAUCAUAGCCGAGGCCUUUAAGACCAAAGAGAAGGACCACAUUGACUUCCUGGUUGUUGAUCCAGGACUAUAGAAUCAGCACUUUAUGCGGCUUGGCUGAAGAAGACACUGUUUUACUGUUUUAAAGGAACCGUAUCAACUCCACAUUGUCCAAUAAUCAUGGCCCUCAUUUUCAUUUCAGGCAAAGGAUUGGUGGAAAUAUAUUUACUCAUUGCACUUUACAGAGAUUUAGAAAGAUUUAGAAAAGGAUAUAACAAUAAUAUUUGCCAAAACAGUCAUUUGCUUGUGUUUCAUUAGUUUUCAAAACCUGAAUGUUAUUGUAUGUUUCACCAGGUGGUCUAGAUUACUGUAGUACAGAUAGUGUGGUUGUCAAACCAAAUAAUAUGCCAAAUGUAUUGCAGUCAGUAAAGUCAGUCUUCAAGUUGUGCACCUCAAGGUAAAUCAACACUUUCUUACUACCAGGCCAUCAAAAACUGACGUUUGGUCAGCUGCCUUUGGCAAUAGUUACUAAUGCAACAAAUGUCCCGUAGCGUCUCAGUCAGACACAGGGGGCUUUCAACUAAUUUCAAUGUAAUCCCAUCCGCAGCAGUAUUUGAUGUUCUGGGUACCCCGUUGUGCGUCAGCUUUUGAUGCCCUGGGUAGGGGUCUGUACAGUAAAACCAAUUAGUUAGAGUUAGGGAAAGAUCGUGGGUGGGGUUAAAAAUGUGCAUUUAAGUGACAGGCAGGACACAAACCCUGGUCGCCUGGGUGAAAGUCCUUGUCUGUUUUUUUACUUUUCUUUAUUCAGGGAAGGUUCAUUGAGAGGAAGCCGCUCUUUUGCAGAGAUGCCCUGAUAACAUUCACACAGUUCAUACCUGGAAGCUGCCCAUCCACAGUCUGAGCUCCACUGGAGCGGUUUGGGUUAAGGGCCUGUUAUUUCACUUUCCCCACCCAGAUUGAUCCUGUCGGUCCAGGGAUUGAACCGACGACCUCCCGCUCACAAGCUUGCUUCUCUAACCUUUAAGUUAGACUGCACUGUCGGUCUGUGUUGUUUGACCCAUCCACCGCCCCAACCUACCUCCUUACAUGGAUUUUCGGUCUUUCAUACUACUUGGUACCGUUGUCGCUCCUCACACUACAUCAUCUUCCAGAGGCUAAAGGGUGCUUUGUGCGUCAGUAUCUGAUGCUGAGAGCCACAUACCAAGCAUCAGUAUUUGAAGAGUUGGUAGUGAGUACGAGUUGGUAAAAUAUUUUCUUUAAAAAAAAAUAAUCUUUGAACAUGAAGUCAUACAGGGAAACGACAAACUCGACCAGACAUGUUAUGAACAAGCGAACAGUUUAGCCAGAUUAGCUACUUCUUUGGAGGGUAAAAAAGUGAGCACACCAAAAACAACUUUCAUUGACAUUUCAGGUGUGUUUACUUUUAGUUUUACCUUUCAAAUAUAUUGUUUACAAUUUGUCUAAUCCCCUCGCCACUCAUGUUUCUUGACCUGUAGCACUUCUUUUGACGUCACAACAUUCUGAGAUGUCAACAAUUAAUUUGUUGUUAAUGUAAUCAUAACGGUCAAAAAUGAUGGAUAAAGCCUAAGUUGUAAAAAUCACAAUUUUUCUUUAAACAAAUUUGACCUCAACUGGCAGAGAAAACCAGUCACUUCAUAAAUAAGACCUCUGGUUGAAGUGUAAUCAAAAAUGUAAGUGUUCAGUUCAGCAGGUUUGCUUACUAGCUAAGCCAGAUGAUAAGAGAUAAAAGUGUUCCUACUGUAGUAAGUAUUAGACUUCAUACUGUUAGCUUCCUUCUGUUACUGCUCACUUUUUCAUUGAGCUUUGGUCAAUUGCUAAUUAUACAUUAGUUUGACUUUGCACAUUUGAGGUUUCCUUAAAACUUUCCCUCAUGGCCUUUGAUGAGUUCAUACGGAAGUGUAAUUCUGACACCUGACUGACUACUAGUUACAAUUUCCAGACAUAUUAAAACAAACUGUAUAUCAUUCCUAUAUCUCAACCAGCUUAUCAUGGCAAAAUGACUUAACAUUACAGUGUGUCGCUAUAUUCAGCCUUAAUCCAAAACAACUAAUGAUCUCAACUCAUUUUACUCAGAAAUUAGGUAUAAUUUCAUGUAAAUGAGGUCUGUUGACCAUAAAUAGAAAAGAAUAAGUGUGAAACUAGUUGUGAUGAGUUGGAAUGAAGUUGGAUAAAAGUGGUAACACAGAAUUGAGUGAUUAAUUAUAAUUGUCUAUGCUUUAUAAACAAGCAAAGCAGACCAGGUCACUUUUGACCCAGGAAGACAACAGGUGUGAUUAUUGGCUGCCAUUAAAAAUAAUAAAAUGGUUUCAAAACCAUAUCCUGACAAAUCACUAACAGUACCAGUCAGUGAUUAUCCACAAACAUAGAUUCAUCUGAUCUUAACUAUAAUGAAAAUAAUUCAUUAUUUAUGCUUAUUUUACCCCAAAAUUAGGUAUUAUUUAAUGUAAAUGAAGUUUAUUCACCAUAAAUUCCAAAAAUAAGUGUAAAACUAGUGGUAAUGAGGAAUGAAGUUGUCUAGAAGGUGUAAAACAGAAUUGGGUGAUAAUUUAUACUUUAUACUUUAAAAAUAGCCAAAGUAGACCAGGGAGGACAACAAGUGUGAUUAUUGGCUGCCAUUAAAAAAAUUGAAAUGGUUUCAAAACAGUAUCCUGACCUAACUUUGACUUAUACCAGUCUGUGAUAACACAUAAACAUAUGUUCCUGUUGAUCUCAACUGUUAGUCAAAAUAAUUCAUAAUUUCAGCUUUUUUUAACUCAGAAAUUUGGUAUAAUUUUAUAUAAAUGAGUUUUUUUGACCAUAUAUUAAACAAAUAAGUGUAAAAUUAGUGGUAAUAGGUUGGAAAGAAGUUGGCUAAGAAGAUGUAACACAGAAUUGGGUGAUCAUUUAUACUUCAUGCUUUAUAAACUGGCAAAACAGACCGGAUCAGUUUUGACCCAGGAGGACAACAAGUGCAUGGUUGACAGGAAGAAAACACAAGGGUUAAAAGAGUUUAUUAAGAGGAUUUACUGAAUUGAAGCCAUUGAUUCUUUAAUCGACUACUACUACUAAUCAACUAAUCACUUUUGGAACUCAAACCUCAAACAAAUGUAUACAUUAGCAGCUCCUUUACAUUGAUCAAAAUGGUGCUUUUCUUUUCAGAGCAUAUAUGUUUAACCCAUCACACUUAUUUCAAUAUGCCCAUUUUGUAAGAUAUCUUUAGUGUUUUAGCAAGAUUACCAUAUAUUCUUCAAUAGUUUUUACACAAAAGUUUCUGGUGUGAUAGUUUGUAUAUAAUGUAGAUUGAAAUGACUCUACAUAACUUUUUAUAAUAUAAAAUAGUUUACAGCAGAAGAUAUAUAUAUAUAUAUAUAUAUAUAUAUAUAUAUAUAUAUAUAUAUAUAUAUAUAUAUAUAAUACUACUUCACAAUCACAUAUUUUGUUUUAUGUCUCACCCAAAUAGCUUGAAGUGCAGGGUGUGCCAUGUUCUAUAUGAAACCACAUCCAAACACCUACAACAACAUUGAUCUCCACAACACAGUGAAGAAAAAUGAAGGUCCUACUGUAUGAAUGAGCAAAUCUUGCACUCUGUGGGAUGCUGAUGAGUUCUGACACUCAGUAAUGAAUCAGUGAUUUGCUAGUGCACUGUACAGGAAACACUGAUCAGAUUAUCAGAGUAUCCUGUCAUUAUUAACAUUCAGUAUACAGUGGUUGUAAAUCUCUGCUGUAGAAAAGGCCAGAGAGAACAGACAGUGGUAUAUGUGUUUUUUUCUGGUCUUUUCCCUCAAAAAUGUUUGCUUGUUCGAUAGGGCUGAGAAAUGUUUUAGUAACUGUAACCAUGAUCCAAAGUAAUACAGUAGAGCCAAGUAAUCCAAAUUAAGACAAUAGUAGUAAAUGCUUUCAAACGUGUAUUUUGGGCAAAUAGUUAUAUUAUAUUUUUGUAAUCUAAUGACACAAUUCCACUACAGUGAGAUAAUAGCGAUUACUAGAGAAAUGUAGGAGUUUAGUGAAUAGAUAUAUGUGUAAUGCAACACUAAAGUGUCUGGAUUCAGGGAUGAAGUGUUGGUGAGAAUAUUGUGCUAUUUACAUGAUGUGUAAAUUAUACUUUGUUUUUUGUUUUUUUUGUGACUGCCAGCUCUUCAAAAAUAUAUAUAUUGUACAAAAAAGGCUGCACAUAGAGUCAUAGAGAUGAACUGUAUAUACAGUAAAUGGUGAGAGGUUAGAGAAUCUUUGUUAAACACAAUUAUGUAACCCCUUUGUGGCUGAUGUAACUGCUAACAUCUCCUGUGUGUUUCCCUUCCUACACCCUAUCACAGCUGUCUCACCACAAACAUAUCCUCCUGAACAAGUCACUUAUUCUUGUAUUGGUUCUUGCAAUCUCCUUUUAAAUGGCAAAAAGAGUGAAAUACUUUUAAAUAUCCCCUCAAACAGACUGUCUUGAAGACACAAUAAAAACAGUCUGAAGCAUA